CUGAAGAACAUCCCCUCAAGUCUCCCGUCAGACAUUGUGAGGAUGGACUUGUCCAGUAACAGCAUCACUCAGCUCCGGCCCAAGGAGUUUGUUGCUGCCAGGGACCUGAAGCUUCUCAACCUCAGCAGUAACAGUCUGGAUCAGAUUGACACAGCUGCGUUUGCGGGCCUCCUGUACCUGCGAGAGCUGGACCUGUCCAACAACAGCCUGCACUACUUCCAGUACGGAGUGUUGGAGGACCUGUACUUCCUCAGGAUGCUGAAUCUGGGGGAUAACCCCUGGGUCUGUGACUACAACAUCCACUACCUGAUCUACUGGCUGAAGCAUCACCCCGGGGUGGCCUACUCUGGCCUAAUCUGCACCGAGCCUCAGGAGUUCAGGGGCUGGCCCGUGGAGAAUUAUGUCAAGACCUACAACGGAGAGUGUCCCAAUGAUAAGGAUCCACAGCCAGGGAAGGGGGAUACAGGACAGGGACAGACGGCUCAGGAGCUAGUGGCCGAGACAGAGGAGGCGGAGAUGGAGCUUCUGCCGAAGCCUCUGAGAGACCCCAGACCAAAGAAAUAUGAGGUCACCAGGUUGACUUAAUAGGACAGAGUUGGAAAUUAGAAAAUAACUGUUGUUGUUGUUUUCUAUUAUCACAGAACAUUCUAAUUCAGUCUAUCAGAUUUUUUAAAAACUUUCGAAUUCCCACCAGCAUGACCAAUGCAGGACAGCUGGAUUCCCAACAGCAUAACCAAUGCAGGACAGCUGGAUUCUCAACAGCAUGACCAAUGCAGGACAGUUGGAUUCCCAACAGCAUAACCAAUGCAGGACAGUUGGAUUCCCACCAGCAUAACCAAUGCAGGACAGUUGGAUUCCCACCAGCAUGACCAAUGCAGGAAAGCUGGAUUCCCACCAGCAUAACCAAUGCAGGACAGUUGGAUUCCCACCAGCAUAACCAAUGCAGGACAGUUGGAUUCCCACCAGCAUGACCAAUGCAGGAAAGCUGGAUUCCCACCAGCAUAACCAAUGCAGGACAGUUGGAUUCCCACCAGCAUAACCAAUGCAGGACAGUUGGAUUCCCACCAGCAUAACCAAUGCAGGACAGUUGGAUUCCCACCAGCAUGACCAAUGCAGGAAAGCUGGAUUCCCACCAGCAUGACCAAUGCAGGACAGCUGGAUUCCCACCAGCAUGACCAAUGCAGGACAGUUGGAUUCCCAACAGCAUGUCUAAUGCAGGACAGUUGUUGCUGUUUUCGUUACAAGAAUAUUUCGUUGUGGAUUUACUUUUUUGAAAAAGUAGAGGUUGAUAUAUUUUUACGAUAUCCAAUUGUUAGUUACAGUGUUGUCCCAUCGCAACUCCUGUACGGACUAGGGAGAAGUGAAGGUCGAGAGGCAUGAGUCCUCCGAAGCACCAAUAUGUCAGAGGAAACAUAUAGCUGGUGACCGAAGUCAACAUGCAUGCGCGCAGCUACCACAAGGAGUCACUAGAGCGCAACGGGACAAGGACAUCCCAGCCGGCCAAACCCUCCCUAACCCAGACAAUUGUGCGCCGCCUCAUGGUCGCGGCCGGCUGCGACACAGCCCGGGAUCGAACCCAGAUCUGUAUUGACUCCUCAUAUAGACGGGAGGCCCGAGGUACAUUUCUUCUAAAUGUAUGAUUUAGACCAUCUGUUCAUGAAAUAAAAGCCAUUUUUUUCUGAAAUGAA